AUGCCCGCCCCCAAGGGCAAAGAAGCCGUCCUGCAAGAGUUCCGCGACGAGCUCGUUCAGCAAGGUUUGCUCCAUGACGGAGACACCAUCGGGACCGACGACGAGACCCUGCUCCGCUUCCUCCGCGCGCGUAACUACCAACUCAAGCAGGCCCUCCUGAUGUGGAAGAACUGCCGGCACUGGCGGAGCACUGUCGAGGACGUGGGCAUUGACGAGCUCUAUCGAGAGAUCGAUCCAUUUGACUACCCCGAGCGCGACCAUGUGUUCGACUGCUGGCCUCUGUACUUCCACAAAGUGCGAUGGCCAUCCACUCAACUUCCACACUUUGGUGGCAUCGACCUGAACAAGCUGCAGAAGAAGAUGACCCUGGAGCGCUUCUGGAAGACUUUCGUGGUCAACUGCGAGUUGUUGCCGCGUGAGAUCCUGCCUGCAGCGUCCGAAGCGGCAAACAAGCGUGUUCUUGGGACGUUCGUGAUUGUGGAUCUGUCUGGUUUCGGCAUCUCCCAAUUCUGGCAAAUGAAAGACUACGCGCGGAGCUCCUUCCAGGUGUCGCAAGACUACUUCCCAGAAACCGUCGCUCGCCUCGCCAUCGUCAACGCUCCGCGCGGCUUCGCUGCCAUCUGGAACGUCAUGAAGCCGUGGAUAGCCAAGGAGACCGCUGCGAAAGUCGCCAUCAUGGGCUCCGACUACAAGAGCAAACUCCUCGAAUUGGUCGACGACGACGCGCUCCCCGCCCGCCUCGGCGGCAAGUGCACAUGCGAAGGCCUCGGCGGCUGCAUGAAGAGCAGCGCGGGCCCGUGGUUGCGCGAGCGCGCUGCGAGGCGACAGGCGUGGCUCGCGGGCGAGCGCGAUACUCUGGCGCUUUUGCCUGGGGAGCUCACGGGUCCGGUUCAAGUCAAGCGUGCUGUGCCCCCUCCCGCAGUCACGCCGUCGAUGUCUGCCGACACGGACGCGUCGUGCCGGCGGCAACCCACUCGGGCAACUCAUCGGAUUCGUCGUCUAUCCACUCAUCGCUUGGAACGCCGCCAAGCGAGCCUAUGCACGAGCAGACACACGCAAAGGGCGAGCUUGACGUCGCCGUCGAAGAAGUGCGAUCCUCGAAUGCCAUAG